ACUAACUGACAUUAAAAAGCUCUCGAGAGCAUUUAAAACACUAAGUGGCGGCACUUCUACGUCAACUGAACAAGUAAAUAUUUGUAUACAUAAGCCGACAAGUUGACAUGCAUGGAAACGUCAUGUAAACAUAAAAGUUCGCCAAAUUGAAAUCUAUUAUAAAUGUUCAAACUUUUUUUUUAUUUUUAUAUUUCCAUAAAAUUUUUGCAGUAAAAGUUGACAGACAUUGAAAAAGCAACCCAAAAAGUAACGUAUACGGAAAGUCAGAAUUACAAAACAAGCCUUUCUAUGUUAUCUGAGGGCGUUCGGCAUGUCUUGUCGUUUGAACUUCGGCAAGGCACGGGAAAUGCUGCUCCCUUAAGGCCGCGAAAUGUGUGUGUUAAAUUGAAAUCGUCGAUACAAGUACACAUAUUUGCACACAAGAACUAAGUAGAUAUGACAGUUAGUGGCGCAGCGACGUCAAUGUCAGCGUUAACAGGGCUAAACAUCGUUUGCAGCGACAGUCGGCAGCAGUUGAUGGCAGUGGUAGCAGAGCGAAAAGCACCAACGAGUCGUUUUUAGUAUCAGUUGUGUGUUUGGAUUGCUCGCGUAUACGUAGGACUGUCUUUCGGCAACUGCGGUUCGGUAUCUAUUUAAUUUAUUCACAAGUGUAAAUUGCUGCGGCUGGUAAACGUUGCUGGCAACGAAACGCACACACAUUUAGAGUUGUGUUCGUCACAAAUACCACUCGGCGCAGUAGAACAUGCCAACACUGUGAUUACUAAUAUGAGCGAUUGUACUUGAAUUAUGUUUUGAAUAUAUUAAUAUUUUGAAGGAAACAAAAAGGAAAAAGCUUCAACUGCAAAUCUUGUAAAUACAACAAAAACAAUAACAACUCGCUUGUAGUAUAUAUGUAAGUACUAUGUAAAAAUCAAGACCGCCGCAAACCGCCGAAACAAUAAGUUAACAAGAUAACAAAAACAAAAAAAUACAAAUACAAAUCUGCACUUAUACCAAACAACAAUAACAAAACAGCUAGAAAAGGAGCAAGCGAGCAACAACAAUUGUCCAAUCAACUCGUAUCCAAAUUGUUACCGUAACGGCUAGACAAAGAAUGGGGUCAAAGCUGCGGUAGCACACCAAGCCAAGCCAUAGCCAAGCGAACUAGCGAACUAAUUAACCAAUCAAACAAAGACAAACCACACUGCAGUCAAUAAAUGCAUGAGAAUUUUAACACCAACAACUGUAAUAACAAAAACAAAAAAAAGAACAUGCACAUGAAAAAGUUUAAAAAGUGGAAUUGAAUUUAAUGGAAUUAUCACGCGUGACUAUGCGUUUACAUAGAAGCCAAAGCGAUUCCCUCUUAUUUUACGCUUUGCCACACAAAACUAUUUGCUACUCAUUUUGACUUAAUUACCAAGUACAACUAUCUCAAAAAUUAGCCAACGCCAUAGCUUGCGAAGAAUUAGCGAUUUUGAAACAAGUUGAGAAGAACAAGCGUUUUCUUGUUGUAAGUCUCUACAAACGCAAUCACAAACGCCAUCACUGUUUUUUUCGCCUCUGCUAGCUUCCCAAUACUAUAUAGAUACUACGUUAUUCGUGGAACAUCUCGUAUUUCAACUGAACGAAAGUGAAAAAGGAAUCCAAAAUUACACCAGAAUAAUACAAAAGUUACAGGAAAUAAGAAGUUACAGACGAUAAUUCAAAAUGGCUUCGCCACCGGAAAGCCCCAUUGAGGAAGUUGUCUUCGAAUUGGAACACACUCGAGUGCCUAAGCCGAUUAAUGUAACAAUCGAAGAUUUGUAUCGUGAGACGAAAUUCUCAAAACAAGAAAUACGAAUUAUGUAUCGAGGAUUUAAAACGGAAUGUCCCGAAGGUGUUGUCCAUGAGGAAUGUUUCAAGGAAAUUUACGCCAAAUUCUUUCCACAUGGCAAUUCCAGUUUAUAUGCUCACCAUGUGUUCCGGACUUUCGAUAUAAACAGCACUGGUUCCGUGAACUUUCGGGACUUUCUCAAUAUUCUUUCAACACUGUUGCGCGGUACAGUUUACGACAAAGUCAAGUGGACCUUUAAAUUGUACGAUGUAAAUGGCGAUGGCCGGAUAACACGUGGCGAAAUGAGCGAUUUAUUUCAUUCCAUACACGAGCUAAUGGGUCGACGGCCGCAUCAGCCGGAGGAGGACCGAAAAGCCAAAGAACAGUUGGAACGCACCUUCCGUUCAUUUGAUCCGCACAAUGUCGGCUAUAUUAAUUUCGAGAUGUGGAUGAAGGGUUUGCUGACCAAUCGAACCAUUGUGAACUCAUUCCAUGUAUUUCACUCGGAUCCCUGAUGGUCGGAGAGUGACUUCGAGAGCAUUUUGAAUAAUCAAGAAGUUAUAUCGCUGAUAGAUCUUUGAGAUAGCAAGAACAAUAACGGCAGGAACACACGCAAAGCCAGCGCAAGUCCACAGACGAGUAAACCGUUAGACAAAAAUAAAAAGACGUAAAAUUGCGAGCAGAAGUUCCAGUUUGUAGAAAAUGAAAUUCGUUUUAGCGAAAAGAAAGUCGAUGAAAAGGCGUAAAAUCAGGUGUAUUUGUAUGCGUGUAGUAUAUAUAUAUAUAUAUACAUAUAAAGUGUUUAACAGUUAGUAAGCUUCAGAUUGCGAAUAUUCUGUAUAGUUUCAUUGAAGAGAGGGUAUUGUAAAAAGAAAUGCUAAAAGAAUUGUCACAACUGAGUCGUACACAAACUGAAAAUAGCCUUAAAAUAUCCCAUGGAGCUAUUUAAAGCUCCAAUUAGUCAUAUUACAUACAACAAAAGUACGUGUUGCCAGAAUUGACAUUUGACACUGUCAGACGUAAUGCUUUAAAAUUUUAUUUUUAUUAUAAAUGCUUCAGUAUUUCAUAAUUACCUGCACAACUUUUCUGCAUUGCCCUAAACUACAUGCUUUUUUAGUUUAUGAGUGAACUGAGACCCAUUUUCACUUUCACAAAUGUCAGUGGAUUUAACGUAUUAAAAACAGCUCUUUAAGAUUUAGAAAUUCGGAGUUCCUUCAAUGAACAAAAAAAAAAAUAGUUUUUCGACUACAAGAGCCAUUUAUGGGAAGAUUUUUAUGUUAAUUAAAUAGGUGUCAGCUGUCCAAUGUCAAAGCUAGAUUGACAAGCAAGCUAACAGAGUCAAGCAAUAAUAAAGUUAAACAUGUUUAAGCAGAUAAAAUUGAAAUUCAGUAAAUUUAUAAUAAUAAAAAAGUGUAAUACCAAAAUGCCGAGAAUGAAUUACUUUACUAUUUAGUAAUAACGGUAUGCAAUUGCAUACAUAGAUACCAUACAUUUAUUAGUACGAAAACGUUGGCAGUUGUAGUGUGGUCAGAAUGGAUGCAAAACAAUAAAAGCCAACGAAUAAGUGUGCUAACUAAAAAUUACAAAUUAGUGACUGGAAAAUGUUAGCGAAGAGCGAUUGACACACAAAACCCAAACAAAAAUCGUAAUAAUAAUAAUAACAAUAAUGUUAGUAAAUUUUAUUUAAUAAAUAAAUAUAAAAUAAAUUUAACAAAUAAUUUAAAAAUUCUAAACUAAUUUAAGUACUUUCCAUUGUGAUUGAUUCUGCCGGCAGUGGAGUUUUGAAAUUCGUGGACGCUAAACUUGAAUUGCUAGUCCAGGAAUGCUUUCGUGCACUAUUAAUAUGUUUUUUAAAGCUGUGUGAAAUUUUUUUUAAAGUUAACAGGAUUGGGUAGAAAGACAAGGCGGAAGGCAAAAUUGAAACAUGCAUAUAUUUAAGGUUAGUUUUUGUAAUAUUUGUAAUUUUGACAAUAAGUUGAGUCAAGCACAGGGUGAAUUUUUGAAAGAAGAGCAGGAAAAAUAAUACAAGAUGGGUAUAACAUUAAUGUGCUUUUUAUAGAACUUGUCAAAUGUUUUUUAUAAAAAAUUGGUUCCUUUUAUAAUAUCGUAUAUGUAGUUAUUUUUAUUUUAUUUGAAGCAAUUAUAUUACCUACUUACGUCAUAAAAAGUUAUUUUAGAGAGCAAUAUGAAGUAUAUAAUUUAGCUUUGAAUUGCACGGUUAUCGAGAGCAGACUGUACUUUGUAAAUUUCACGUAAAAAUCAGUUAUUUUCAUUUUGCAUUUCAACAAAUUAUUUCAAUUUUUUUUGCUAUUUCGAAAUAAUAAAUUUUCAUAAGAAAUGUGAUUUUUUUAUUUUAAAAAUCUCUUCAAGCAAAAUAAUUUCAUAAAUUUCCCUGCGGGCAUGUACGGUUUCGUCAUAUUCUCUGUGCAAUGUAUAUUAAAACAAAUAUGUACUAUUAAAGUAAUGUCAUGAAAAACGAAAACACUAUACUACAUAUAACAUAUACAUACAUACAAACAUAUAUUUAUAUUGCAUAAGUUUCAGCAAAAUACCUACAUACAUAUAACUGAAAUACCAAGAACAUCUGCCAAACUAAAAAUAAUUCUGUAAAUGUGGUGAAUAUGUGUCGUAACAAAAGUUGUUAUUACUUUACUGUUAUUACGUAUUUCCGGUCAAUUAAACCAACACCGAAACAUAUGAAUGACAAUUGAAAAUGUAAUUUCGAAGGCAAUUUACUACUAAGAUUUCAUUUAAGUACACAAAUACAUACAUACGUAAACAAAAAACGGAAACACACAUACACACAUACAAAACUGUUGAAACAGAAACAAAUAUCACAAACUAUACUAUGACUGUAGAACUGAAACUGUACUAAAAAUAAUUUCAACACAGCGGACACUUGAAAUAUUGUACUAUAAAUAGUGAAUAAAUCCGAAAAAAAAGAAACAAAAAUCGUAAGCAUGAAUUGCAAUAAAAAAACAUAGUUAAUAACACAAAAGGAAAAAAGUAACACAAAAAUGAAUUUCGUGCACCGAUAGCCCAGCGCCAAUAGAAUAAAUAACAAACAAAAAUGAAUUUGAACGUAAAAUGCAGCUUAUAGAGUGUUCUUAUUGUAAAAAAACAAAAAAAAAAAAAAAA